CUCCCCCCCAGUCUCAGAGGCGGUGGAACGGUCCCACGUGUGGAACAGGAGGACUCUGCAGCUCGUGGGUUUCAACACUUAGCAACAUGAAUUAUCAGCACUAAACAACAGAGUUUUAGCUAACAUCCGCAGAAAAAUGCUGUUUUCUAAAGAGGUGCCAUGGCGGCGGCUAGAGGGCAUGACCUUUGGUUUGUACUCGACCGAGGAAAUAAGGAAGCUGAGCGUGAAAGCCAUCUCAAACUCCAGGUUCCUGGAUGCUGUGGGAAAUGUGGCCCCAAACAGUUUAUAUGAUCUGGCCCUGGGGCCAGCAGACAUCAAAGAGGUCUGUUCAACCUGCUGUCAGGAUUUCAACAACUGUCCAGGACACUUUGGACACGUAGAGCUGCCUCUCCCAGUAUACAACCCUCUGUUCUUUGAUAAACUCUACCUGUUGAUUCGCGGUUCAUGUCUGGCGUGCCACAUGCUGACGUGUCCCCGGGCCGCCAUCCACCUGCUGGUGAACCAGCUGCGGUUAGUGGAGCACGGCGCCAUGCAGGAGGUCUACGUCAUCGAGAGCGUUCUCAAUCAGCACCUGGAGGAAAACCCCAAAGCUACAGGAGAUGAGAUCAAGCGGCUGCUGAGUGAGUUUACCAGCAGCGUAGUUGGAGCGAACUCCAAAGCUUCGCAGGGAUCCAAACCUAUUAAACACCUGGUUGAGAAGAGGAGCAGUCUGAUAAACGACUUCUGGAAGGUCCAGAUGAAAACCAGGAAGUGUCCUUACUGCGGUGGCGGCAGGUCAACGGUGCGACGGGAACACAACAGCAAGCUGAUCGUCACCAUGCCAACGGGAAUGCAAACUGGAGAAAACACAGGUCUGCUGGCUGGAACCAGAGUCUUCCUCACUGCCAGUACGGCCAGAGAGCACAUCAGUAAAGUCUGGGAGAAAGAAGGUUUCUUCCUGAAGUUUCUGUUUCCCGGGCUGGAGGAGAGCACAGGCUCAGAGGGGCAGAAGGGUUUCUAUCCAGACCUGUUCUUCCUGGAGCUGCUGGUGGUCCCACCCUGCAGGUACCGUCCCAUCAACCGGCUGGGCGACCAGAUGUUUACCAACGGUCAGACCGUCAACAUGCAGGCUGUGAUGAAGGACUGUGGGGUCAUCAGAAAACUUCUGGCUCUACUAGCAGGAGAGAAACACGCAGAGGCGGAGGAAGAGCCUUUGGAGGCAGAAGAUCAGACGUUUCUGUCAGGAAUAAGCGGAGCGACGUUGGCAGAUAAACUGUAUAACACGUGGAUCCGCCUGCAGAGCCAUGUUAACAUUGUCUUUGACAGCGACAUGGACAAGCUGAUGGCCGACAAAUACCCCGGGAUCAGACAGAUCCUGGAGAAGAAGGAUGGAUUGUUCCGGAAACACAUGAUGGGCAAACGAGUGGAUUACGCUGCACGGUCCGUCAUCUGUCCUGACAUGUAUAUUGGAACAAACGAGAUCGGGAUCCCCAUGGUGUUUGCCACCAAGCUGACGUACCCACAGCCCGUCACUCCAUGGAACGUGAAAGAGCUCCGGCAGGCCGUCCUUAACGGGCCCAACGUCCACCCCGGCGCCUCCAUGGUGAUCAACGAAGACGGCAGGAAGACCAUCCUGUCAGCCACCGACCCCUCACAGAGGGAGGCGGUUGCCAAGCAACUGCUGACACCCUCUACAGGUCCACACAAGAUGCCCAUGAAGAUCGUGAAUCGCCACAUCAAGAACGGAGACGUACUGUUACUCAACAGACAACCGACUCUGCAUAGACCUUCGAUUCAAGCUCACUGCGCUCGCAUCUUACCAGGAGAGAAGGUUCUGAGGCUCCACUACGCCAACUGCAAAGCCUACAACGCUGACUUUGAUGGAGACGAGAUGAACGCUCACUUCCCUCAGAGCGAGCUUGGCAGAGCAGAGGCCUACACUCUAGUUAGCACCAACCAUCAGUACCUGGUCCCCAAGGACGGUAAACCUUUAGCAGGUCUUAUCCAGGACCACAUGGUUUCGGGGACCAAGAUGACCAUAAGAGGCUGCUUCUUCACCAAAGACCAGUAUACAGAGCUGGUGUACAGAGGACUGACAGACAAAGUAGGGCGAGUAAAGCUACUACCUCCGAGCAUCGUCAAACCACAGCAGCUGUGGACAGGGAAGCAGGUGGUCUCCACCUUGCUGCUGAACAUCAUCCCAGAGAAAGCCGUCCCUCUAAACCUCGUGGGCAAAGCAAAAAUCCCAGGCAAGGCUUGGAUCCAGCUCCCACCUCGAGCUGCUCCUGGCUACAAACCAGAGAGCAUGUGUGAGUCACAGGUGGUGAUCCGUCAGGGCGAGCUGUUAGUCGGCGUUCUGGACAAGGCUCACUACGGCUCCUCUGCUUACGGUUUGGUCCACUGCUGCUACGAGCUCUACGGAGGAGAGACCAGUGGGAAACUGCUCAGCUGUCUGGCUCGCCUCUUUACCGCUUACCUCCAGCUCUACAGAGGCUUCACUCUGGGAGUGGAAGACAUUCUGGUGAAACCUGGAGCCAACAGAGAGAGGAAAAGAAUCAUCGAAGAAUCUCUGAAAAUUGGCACCAAGGCCCUCCAGGCAGCUUUCAGCCUCCCUGCCAACGUGGAUCCAGCUGAAGCUCGGAGCCGAUGGCAGGACGCCCACCUCAGCCCCGACCAGAGAGAGUUCAGCUUGGCCGACCACAAAUUCAAAGAAGUGGCCAACCAAGUCAACAAUGACAUCAACAAGGUGUGUAUGCCUGUAGGACUGCACACCCCGUUCCCACACAACAACCUGCAGCUCAUGGUCCAGUCAGGAGCAAAGGGAUCCACAGUGAACACCAUGCAGAUCUCCUGUCUGCUGGGUCAGAUCGAGCUGGAGGGCCGCAGGCCUCCGCUGAUGCCUUCAGGGAAGUUUCUACCUUGUUUCCAGCCGUACGACCCUUCGCCCGGAGCAGGAGGCUUCGUUUCUGGACGGUUCCUCACGGGCAUCAAACCUCAGGAGUUUUUCUUCCACUGCAUGGCCGGCAGAGAAGGAUUGGUAGACACAGCUGUGAAAACAUCCAGAUCAGGAUACCUGCAGAGAUGCAUCAUCAAGCAUCUGGAGGGUUUGGUAGUGCAGUACGACCUGACCGUCAGAGACAGCGACGGAUCUGUCAUCCAGUUCCUGUACGGUGAGGACGGGCUAGACAUCCCUAAGACCCAGUUCCUGCAGCCGAGGCAGUUCCCCUUCAUCGAGGACAACUAUGAGGUCAUCAGGAGGUCCCAGGACCUGGACAGUGUUCUGGCUCGUUUGGACCCUCAGAAUGCAUCUCACCACUUUGCAGCCGUUCAGCGCUGGAGAGCAAAGAGAGAGCUGGCGUGUGCUCGCAGAGGAGCCUUUUUACUAUAUUCUCAGAAGAAGUUAGCAAAGUUAAGAGAGGCUCUCCAGGUAACGGAGCCAGUGCCCAACCAGGAUCCUGCAGUGCUCCAGCUGGUGAAGGAUUGGCACUCUCUGGAUGAAGCCAGCAGAGCCAAAUACAGAAAGAGGUCGUCCCGGUGCCCUGAACCGUCCCUGGGCUUGUUUAGGCCAGACGUCUGCUUCGGAUCUGUUUCUGAAAACUUCUACGAUAUCACAGAGAAAUACCUUCAAAACAGAAGCAGCACAGCAGAGGGCGACGUGGAGACCCAGAGCCUGCGCCGGCUGCUUCAUUAUAAGUGGCAGCGAUCCCUGUGUGACCCUGGUGAGGCAGUGGGGCUGCUGGCGGCUCAGUCCAUAGGAGAGCCCUCCACCCAGAUGACCCUCAACACCUUCCACUUUGCAGGCAGAGGAGAGAUGAACGUCACUUUGGGAAUCCCUCGACUCAGAGAGAUCCUGAUGGUGGCCAGUUCCAACAUUAAAACCCCCAUGAUGAGUGUUCCAGUGCUCAACACCAAGAGAGCUUUGAAGAGAGCAAAGACGCUGAGGAAGCAGCUCAGCAGAGUCUGCCUCACUGAGGUGCUGCAGAAGGUAGACGUGGUCGAGACCCUUUUGAUCGAUGGUUAUCAAAAACUGCGCUCCUUCAAGGUCAAGUUCCACUUCCUGCCUCCUGAGCGUUACCGUGACGACAAGCUGCUUACCCCCCACCAGAUCCUGCGCUACAUGGAAUCGAGGUUCUUCCGUCUCCUCCUGGAUGCCAUCAAAAAGCGCACCGCCAAGUUAGCCUCCAUCGCCGUGGAGACCAGGAGGGUCUCCCCCAGAGAUAAAGACCUGGACGAGCCUGGCACAGCGGGGGUAGAAGAUGGAGAAGCAGAGGAGGAGCCAGAGAUCGCCGAUGAUCAGGGGGAAGAAGGAGACGCCGACGCAUCAGAUGCCAAGAGGAAGAGCAAACAGGAGGAGGAGGUAGACUAUGAAAGCGAAGACGAGGACGAAGGUGGCGAUGCUGAGGAGGAUCAGAAGGAGGAGGAGGCCGAGGUGAACAACCAAUCUAACACUGUGGAGGAGUCCCAGCCGGAGGUGGCAGUAGCUAGAUUAGAGCGCAAGAAGAAGAAGAAGCAGCAAGUGGAAAUGGGGGAAGGAGACGAACAUUCGGUCCAGAUGAGGGUUAACUCGGUUCUCUCAUCAAACUCGGCCAUCCAGAAUUAUUCCUUCGAUCAGCAGGAAGAACUGUGGUGUGAGGUGGAGCUGACCGUCCCCGUCAACAACGUGCACUUCGACCUGACCUCGGUCCUGUCCACCCUGGCCCAGAACGCAGUCAUCAUGGAGACCAGGGGCCUGACGCGGUGCCUGCUCAGCGAAACCACGACCAAGUCUGGCGAAAAGCAGAUGCUUCUCAACACAGAGGGCAUCAACAUGCACGAGAUCUUCAAGCACAGCGACAUCCUGGACAUCAACAAGCUGUACUCCAAUGAGGUCCACGCCAUGGCCAACACCUAUGGGAUCGAAGUGGCUCUGAAGGUCAUCGAGAAGGAGAUCAAGGACGUCUUUGCGGUCUAUGGUAUCGAGGUGGACCCCAGGCACCUGUCCCUGGUGGCUGAUUACAUGUGUUUUGAAGGCGUCUACAAGCCUUUAAACCGACACGCCAUAAUGUCCAACUCCUCGCCGCUGCAGCAGAUGACCUUUGAGACCAGCUACAAGUUCCUGAAGCAGGCCACCAUGCUGGGGUCACAUGAUCAGCUGGUGUCUCCUUCAGCCUGCUUGGUCGUUGGGAAGGUGGUCAGAGGUGGAACUGGCCUGUUUGAACUGAAGCAGCCUCUACAGUAGAGCAAGGAUCGCCUGCUGACGGGUGUUUAAAUGUUUGCUUUUCUCAAUGCUGACAGGAAUGUUUUUCUUUUUUGUUUGUUUUUAAGGUGAACCUAAAAUACCAAAAUGUUGAGUUAAUUAGGUUAAAUAUUUUGUUUUUUUGUUUUUUCCUACAGCAUACUGUAGAAGAUGCAAAGUUCCUUUUUUAUUGUUCUAAAAGCAGAGCGACAUUUGUAUCUAAUAAUAAAAUGUAAAGAGGAAAUAAAAAAAAAUGCUCAAUAGUUUUACAUGUGCUUUUUAUGUGACUGACAAAUAAAGAAAUCUGACUGCAAAA